AUUACUCACUUGAUACAGUAUAAGGCGUAUUUAGGUAUUUUUGUACUUGAUUUGGAUAAGAAAUUAAGAAUUAAGAAAUAUGUGGACAAGACUUAGAACAGCUCAGUAUCAUCUCUCAUACAUAGAUUUGGGGGCAGAGAGUGAGACAGAGGGUUCUUGAGGGAAAAAAAUGGCAGAGGGAAUAGUGUGGGAGUUAGCUUCAAAAGCCUUGGAAUCCUUGAGCAAAGCAGCUCUUGAAGAGGGUUCUUCUUGGUGGGGUGCACGAUCUGAUCUGAAGAAGCUUGAGGAUACCAUCAGAAUGAUUCAAGCUCGAGUUCGUGAUGCUGAGCGGCGCCAAGAAGCGGAGAACAAUGAAAGCAUCAAUCUCUGGCUUUCCAGACUGAAGCAGGUUCUCUACCGAGCUGACGACUUGUUUGAUGAGAUCAUCACUCUUGAUCGCCGGAAUCUGCGGAUGGAAAAGAGCUCAAUGGCAAAGGUAUUCUCAAGAUCUGGGCCCAUUUUUAAUAUAAAAUUGGCUCAUAAGGUCAACUCUAUUAGGGAAGAACUCAAUGAUAUCAAGUCCGAUAUGGAUGUUUUGAACUUGAAGUUCUUUCCUGCAGAGGAGCUACCACCUUUAAUGAUGCGUUUAAUCAAGGAAAGACAAACAUCAUCUUUUGUGAAAACAGAAGACAUCAUUGGUAGGGAAAAUGAUACAAAAUUAAUUAUUGGGAUGCUUUUUGAUCCCAAAUGUGAAUAUAAUGGGGAAGGGGAAGGGGAAGGGAUUUCUGUGAUCCCAAUCGUGGGGUUUGGGGGUCUCGGAAAAACCACUCUUGCCCAAUUGGUUUAUAAUGAUGAGGCUGUUCAGAAGCAUUUUGAUGUUACUACAUGGGUUUGUGUACCUGAGGUGGAUGAUCAAGACGCAGUAAUGAGAAGAGUUUACCAGGCCUUCACUCGUGAUAAGGAUUCUGGCAGACUCUUAGUAGAUGAGAUUAAAAGAGGCAUCCGACAAUCAAUAAACAAUAACAAGUAUCUUCUUGUCUUAGAUGACAUAUGGGAUGAAAGCCGAGAUAGAUGGUUGGAUCUCCUAAGGUUGCUUGAAUGUGGUCGAAAAGGGAGUAAAGUUAUUGUAACUACACGCUCUCUUACGGUUGCGGGAGUUGUUGGCACAAAAGAAGCCACGUACAAAUUAGGACUUCUAACAGAAGAGGAGUCCUGGAAUCUUUUCAAAAAAUUCGCAUUUGAAUCGGGACAAGAGGAGAGAAAUCCGGAUUUGACUCGGAUCGGAAAGGAGAUUGUUGACAGCUGUGGAAAUGUUCCCCUAGCUAUCAGAGUUGUUGGAAGCCUCCUCUACUCUAAAUAUAGCGAGAAAGAGUGGGAGCGCAUUAGAAAUUCUCAACUCUCAAAGGCAAAGUUGAAGGAAGGCGAUAGACUCAUGGCUGUGUUGAAGUUAAGUUAUGAUUACUUACCACCAGCAUUAAAGCAGUGCUUUGCUUACUGUUCAUUGUUCCCAAAGGAUUACAGAUAUGAAAAGGCUAAUUUGGUUCAUUUGUGGAUGGCACAAGGAUAUUUUGAGCCAUCAAAUAAUGAAGACAUCGGGGGUCAGUACUUUUCAGAGUUGUUAGGGAGGAAUUUAUUUCAAGAUCCUGAACAAGAUUACAGGGGGAUCGAAACAUACAAAAUGCACGACUUAGUGCAUGACUUGGCACUAUUCGUUGCUGGUGGUGAGAUUAUGGAGUUGCAGGGCCAAGAUGCAGAAGAUGAUGAUGAAGAUUACAUGGUACUAGUUGGUGCUGGUGGUGAGAACAUAGAGUUGAAUGAGCCAUUAAUUAGAGAAUUUAGACAUGUAAGGUUAGGUGUUACGAAAGGUGCCUUAAGUGACGGGGAUGAUGUGUUCAAAGCUGUAACAACGUUGCUGAAUGCAAGGAGAAUGCGGUCAUUACUAUUUGAUAUGGGUCUUGAACAAGCAUUGUCUCUUGAAAGGGUGGUUUUAAAAUGCAAGUCUUUACGUGUCUUAGACUUCAGCUAUAUGGAGAUAACAAGGAUCCCAAAUUCAAUAGGGAAGUUGGUACAUCUACGAUACCUUAAUCUUCAACAUACUCAUAUUGAAUGUCUUCCUGAUGCCAUAACAAAAUUAGACAACCUGCAAACAUUGAACAUUAUGGGGUGCAGACGGCUUAAAGAGUUGCCAAGAAAUUUUGGUAAAUUGACCAACCUCAGGUACUUGAUAAAUUCUAAGAGCGGUUUGACUGAUUUGCCAUCAGGAUUUGGGAAAUUGACAUGUUUGCAGGAGUUAAGUAAAUUCAUGAUUGGGGAGGGCAAUGGUAUAGACUCUUUGCCAGCCUUGAAUCUUGUGGGAAAUCUGGAUAUUGAAUUUAACAAGUGGGGCAGUGAAAGUGUUUUGGAAGCGAAGGGGGCAAAUUUGAAAAACAAUCAUCAAUUGACUUGUCUCAAAUUUUCCUUUAAUUUUGAAAUGGAAGAAGCAGCAUUGGGUGAAAUGGAUAAAAUGUUAAUGUGCUUGCAACUGCCUCCGAAUCUUGAAAAAUUGGAAGUAUAUUUGUACAAAGGAGUUGAAAUGCCACGUAGAUGGUUAGAUGGUUUAGAUAAGCUCAUUUCCAUUACUAUAAGGGAGUGCAAUAAUUGCAGAGUUGUUCCUCACAUGAGUCGGCUUCUUCAUCUCAAAUAUCUUCGUCUCAAAUUUCUUGAUACCUUAGAGUACGUAGAAGAUGAUGACAUAUGGGUUGGUAACAAUGUGUACUUCCCAUCCUUGGAGGGAUUGACAUUGCAAAAUUUAAGAGAACUAAAGGGGUGGACAAGACCAUCGAAGGACGAUGGUGAGCCAAGGCAAUUGUUGUUCCCUUGUCUUUUGAAUUUGGAAGUAAGUGAAUGCCCCAAGUUGAUGUCAAUGCCUCUAGCACCAAUGCUGGAGUCACUGGAGGCAUGCAAUAUCCAUGGUACACUGUUUGAAUCCAACCUGACGUCAGUCGUAGAUGAGGAAGAAGUAUAUUUGUACAAAGGAGUUGAAAUGCCACGCAGAUGGUUAGAUGGUUUAGAUAAGCUCGUUUCCAUUAAUAUUACGGGGUGCCAGCAUUGCAGAGUUGUUCCUCACAUGAGUCGGCUGCUUCACCUCAAAGAUCUUCAUCUCGAAGAACUUGAUACCUUGGAGUACGUAGAAGAUGAGGACGACAUCUGGGUUGGUGAUUCUGCUUCUGCAGCCCACAAUGUGUACUUCCCAUCCUUAGAGGUUUUGACAUUGCAUUAUUUAAGAGAACUAAAGGGGUGGAAAAGACCAUCAAAGGACUAUGCUGAGCAAAGACAGUUGUUCCCUCGUCUUUUGAAAAUGGAUGUAAGAGCAUGCCCCAAGUUGAUGUCAAUGCCUCUAGCACCAAUGCUUGAGUCACUGAAGGCUUACUUUAUCAAUGGUAAGCUGUUUGAGUCCAACCUGGCAUCAGUUGAAGAUGAGGAAGAAGCAUCAUCAUCACUACCACAAUCUUCAUCUCCGUCAAGUCUUUUCACGUCAUUAAAGCACCUGGAAAUGAGGUGGAUUGACGAUGGACUAGUUUCUUUGCGCAUCAGUUGUAGGUUGUGUAAUCUGGAGACAUUGGAAUUAAGGCAUUGCGACCAACUGAGGAGUAUAACGUUGGGAUCAUCGGCCCCAUACAGGAACUCUAUAUUGCUUCCAAGUUCCAUUCGGCAUCUCAAUAUUUACUAUUGCAACAGACUGGAAAACAUAUCAGGGGGAAAUCUGUCAGUCCUUGAGAAACUGGUGAUCAAGGGUUCUUGUGAAAAUUUGUACGUGGAAUAUGAGUCUCCAAAUUCCAUUGAGGAUCUCGAUAUGGGUAAUAUGUCAGGCCCUGAGACAUUGAAAAUUAGCUGCAGUAAAAAUUUGGAAGAGAAAAAGGAACCAGGGAAGAUUACCAGAUCCAUGUGGCAACAAUUGAAGAGUCUUCGUCGCUUGGAAUUAUCUAGCAUCACCAAACUGAAGAAGAUCCCAAAAGGCAUUGGUUGCCUAACCACGCUUGAAACACUUAAAAUUUGGUCUCUCUCCGAGUUGACACAACUCCCAGAAGAAAUGGGGAAUCUUUCCCUGCUUAAGAUUUAUGAUUGCCCAAAACUAGUGUUACUUCCACAAUCAUUACUAGCCCUUACCUCUUUACACAGCCUUGAAAUUGGAAACUGUCCAGAUCUUAGAAAAAGAUAUGAGAAGCCGGAUGGAGAAGACUGCCACCUUAUUCAACAUAUCCCCAACGUUAAAUUUUAUGAGAAACUGAUCAAAUACUUCGAUUAAAGGGAGAUCGCGGCUUAAUGGUGCUCAAAAUUGGUCCGGGAUCACAUGAUUAUGGUUGGUGAUGAGUCCUUGCCUUGACUGAGCUCAAUAAAUAGAUAAAGGAAAGGCUCCAAUGAGAUUACUGACUCGUGCCAAGCAUGUUUGGACUGCUCCAGCGUCUGGCUAUUUGAAGCUGAAUACCGAUGGAGCUUGGACUGCUCAUACUAUUGCUGGAGGAGGUGGUGUAUUUAGAAG